CUUGAAUCUUGAUUAAAAAGAAACGAAGGGGAAAUAUAUAGGUCCGAGCUGAUCUCACCAGCCCCAGGGGAAGGCAAGGCUGAAGAACAUCUCCAGACCUUUGCAGCUGGAGAGAAAGAAGUCAAAGGUCCGACACACAACGGCCCCCUCUGCUUGGAGCCAACUGGAUGGUGCUGGAAACCGAACCAUCCUCUGACCGGACCUGAUUUGGGAACGGCGCGGUCUCUCCUGGUCCUCCUCCGUUGGACGAAGGGCCUCCUGAACUUGCCUUCCAGAUUUGGGACUUCAGAUUUGUAGGAAAUAGGGAGCUCCCGACCUCGGUUGGGCUACGGUCCAGGGCCCAGCCUGUGGCUUCCGAGAUGUACCAGAGCUUAGCCAUGGCAGCCAACCAUGGCCCCCCGGCCUACGAAGGGGCCGGAGGUUUCAUGCACAGCGCAGCCACUGCCUCUCCGGUCUACAUCCCCACCACCCGGGUGACCACCAUGAUCCCUAGCUUGCCUUAUCUCCAGGGGAGCGGUUCGACCCAGCAAGGCAGCCCGGUCUCCAGUCACUCCAUCUGGACUCAACCGGGGGCUGAGAGCGUGACGUACAACCCGGGGUCUUCUCACCCCUCGGUGUCCCCCAGGUUCUCCUUUGCCACCAGUUCUCCCAUCCCGGCCACCACCUCCAGGGAGGUGGCCGCUUACAGCAGCUCGCUCAGCAUUUCGGCCAACAACCGAGAACAGUAUGCCCGGAAUUUCGGGGGGUCCUACUCCAGCCCCUAUCCGGCCACCUAUGUGAGCCCAGAACUGGGGACGACCUGGACUUCAUCUCCUUUUGACAGCCCCGUUCUCCACAACCUUCAAAACCGUGGAACUCCAGGAGUUGCCAGACACAACAACCUCGAAUUUUUUGACGACUACUCCGAAGGUCGGGAAUGCGUCAACUGCGGGGCCAUGUCUACCCCGCUGUGGCGGCGAGAUGGCACCGGCCACUACUUGUGCAAUGCUUGCGGGCUCUACCACAAGAUGAACGGCAUCAACCGCCCCCUGAUCAAACCCCAGCGGAGGCUGUCUGCUUCCCGCCGGAUCGGUCUCUCGUGCGCCAACUGCCAAACCCCGACAACCACCCUGUGGAGGCGGAAUGCGGAAGGCGAGCCGGGCUGCAACGCUUGGGAAUCUCCAGCCAUCAGGGUGCCGAGGCCUUUAGCAAUGAGAAAAGAAGGGAUCCAGACCAGGAAGCGCAAACCGAAGAACUUAAACAAAUCCAAGACAUCAGCCGGGUCAGCCAGUAGUAACGGAAACUUGACCUCAGCCACCAGCUCCGCCACCGGCACCAGCACCACCACCACCUCUGAGGAGAUGCGCCCCAUCAAAACAGAACCGGGGAUCUCAUCACAUUACGGGCAGGCGAGCCCUGUCCCUCAGGUGAGGACUAUGACAUUUAGCACUGCCAGACAGUGGUUUAUGUGGUCUCAAGCUGCUUCUGGCGGAGGGCGACUCCAUGAAUUAAUGACCUCCAGAAGGUCCUUGUAA